AUGGACCUACCAACAAGACCGUCGGAGGAGCUUCAAAAACUUCGUCACGCUCAGUACUUCAAGCGAAUAAUCCAGAUAAUGCCUUCACAAAUGGCCUCGUACGAUUCAAACCGCAUGAUGUUCGGCUUCUUCGCGAUAUCAGGUCUUGAUCUCCUGGACUCGCUGGACAUUCUAAAGGAGGAGGAACGUCUGGGAGCAGUGGAGUGGAUCUACAGGCUGCAGGUCAAAGAGGCAGGGGCCAGGUCAGGCUUCCAGGCAUCGACAAUGCUUCCUGAUCAAAUUCCAGACUAUCUCUGUGGCCAUUUGUCGAUGACUUACACUGCCCUCGCCACAUUGCUAGCACUCGGCGACGAUCUGUCGAGGGUCGACAAAAAGUCCAUCAUUGAGGGCAUAAGGAGCUGCCAGAACCCCGAUGGCUGCUUCAUCGCUAUGAUCACUGGCUCCGAGAGCGACAUGAGGUUUCUCUACUGUGCCUGCUGUAUCUGUGCUAUUUUGGAUGACUGGAGUGGGCUGGAUAAAGAUAAGGCUAUUGAUUACAUCCUCAAGAGCAUUUCCUAUGACGGAGCGAUGGGACAAGGUCCAGGCCUGGAGUCGCAUGGAGGCUCCACCUUCUGCGCGGUUGCAAGUCUCUAUCUGAUGAACGAACUCGAUAAAGCCCUGAGUCGGGAGCAGUUGGAGAAUUUAAGACGAUGGUGUCUCAUGAGGCAGAGUGAUGGCUUCCAAGGGAGACCUGGCAAGCCCACCGACACUUGCUAUAGCUUCUGGAUUGGUGCUACGCUGCACAUGCUCGAUGUGCAGCAGUUUUCCGGUGCUGAAGAGAAUCGGGAGUUUGUGCUGAGUACUCAGGACACUAGAAUCGGAGGAUUCGCAAAGUCGUAUGACACGAGGGCUGAUCCACUUCACACUUAUCUAGGACUCUCGGGACUCAGCCUCCUCGGAGAAGCUGGACUUCAACCUUUGAAUGCGGCUCUGAAUAUCUCCAGUCGGGCCUAUGCACACCUCAAGGACUUGCACAAAAAAUGGAAUCAAUAGACAAUUUUGAUCGCGCCGGUAUUACCUGUAUAAACACAACUCAUAUCAACGCACAACCUCAGACGUGUGUCAAUUACAUACCAACAAUAAUCAUGGUGAGAAUGGAAUCAAGUAUUAUGGAAUCGAUAAAUGAAUAUAUUGAUGAUCAGACAAUUAGUCAGUGAACAAUGGCCAAACAGAAAUUAAUAAACAUGCUUUGAGACACUUCACAAAA